AUGUCGAACCGAAGUCCCUGGCUUAUGGACGAAGCCAAGCGAAACAGACUGCUCAAGAGGUACAAAACCCAGGUGGCCUCGGCGACUUCGACAGUUUGUGCCACUCUCGCUGUGACUCCAUUGGAAAAUGUCAAAACUCGUAUGCAGACACAUAAUUUCAAGAAUGUCUUCCAAUGCGUCCGCUACCUGUGGCGUACCGAAGGACCCCGCGGUUACGUUGCUGGAGCCCUGCCACCUCUAGCAAGCGUUACGGCGGUCCGAGUGGUUAAUUUUACAACGUACAACGCGGCCAAGCAUCGAAUCUCUGAUUUCAUUGAGAGAAUGACCGGGGAAUCGCCAUUGGCGAUGUAUAACCAGCCAGGCAGUAGCCCCACUUUGUCGACGCUGUUCACCUUCACCGCUGCUGGCCUUGUUGCUGGUCUUAUUACCUCCCCCCUAGCCUGCCCCUUUGAGCUCGCCAAAAAUGUGGUUCAGACCUCGGUCUUGGUUGCGAACCGUGCACAGGCCGCCCCCAACGCAGUCAAUGAUCCUUCUCUUCGCAGAAAACCACGCCUGGGAACCGUAGAGGCCAUCAAACAGAUCAUCCAGCGGUAUGGGAUCCGGGGGUUGUACACGGGUUUUCAUCUUCACGCUAUGCGGGAUACGCUCGGCUCUGGUCUCUAUUUCACCGUUUAUGAAACCGUCAAGCAACUUGCAGCGAAGGAGCUGGGUCCUGACAAGUCUCCGUUCGGGGCGCCCAUGAUUGCGGGUGCCAUAUGCAGCACCGUCCCUUGGUUCUGUACCUAUCCCCUUGACACCCGGAAAACUCGUGCACAGAGUGUUCUGCUCGGAAAAACAAAGGAGGUGGGCGAGGCAACGGCCGCGGUAGCCAAAUCGAGCAUGUACAAGGGGCUUUCGAUUAUAUUGAUACGGACGGGGGUCAAUAAUAUGAUCCUCCUUAGUAUCUUUGAGUAUAUCAAAAUGAGGAUCAACGAGCUGGACUAG